CCCCAAUACAAUAUACCAUCCAAAUCUCUAGAUUGGUUUGUUAUCACACAAAAACAAAACCCACCAAAGCAACCACCAAAAUCAUUCAAUCCCACACACCAUGGGAGAAAAAGAAGAGAAGAAGUACAAGAACAAGAAGCAAAAACUCAAACACCAAAACCCCAAAGAUGACCAAACCACCACAAAACCAGCAUCAGAUUUCUCCUUCAAGCCAAGCUCCGACGUAAAGGGUCUCCGAUUCGGAGGCCAAUUCAUCGUAAAGUCCUUCACAAUCCGCCGUGCAAGGCCCUUUGAGCUCCUGCAACUCCUCUCAGUCACACCAGACAUCAAAGAAAACCAUAUCAUCAAGAACAACAAAAAGCUGCCCUUUCCUUCCACCACCGCGUUCUUGCCCACAAACUUCACCAUUCUAGCACACCAUGCCUGGCACACCCUCACACUAGGCCUAGGCACCAAGAAGUCCAAAGUAGUCCUCUUUGUUUUCGAAAAUGAGGCCAUGAAGGCCGCCGUGGACCGCGUUUGGCCUCCGGAAAUUCCACUAGGGGAAGUGAACAAGAGGCUUAUCAGAGGGCUCAGUGGGUGUGAGAUGGCAAGGUUCAAGUUCAGGAAAGGGUGCAUUACUUUUUAUGUGUAUGCAGUUAGGCAGAUUGGGAACUUGGGUUUUUCAAAUGCUGAUGAUCUCAGAACAAUUCUACAGUCUGUGGUGGCUCUUCAAGAUUUCUUGGAUCACACUGCUAUGCUUGCCAUGCCUAACCAGAGAAGCAUUAACUUUCAACAACCUCCUACAGCCAUGGCUCACUAGAAAAAAGUUUUAAUCUUUGAUCACCUUGUUCUACAUCAACAUCAUCAUCAUCAUCUUCUAUUAGGCCUUUUUGUUUUUGUUUUUUUCCUUAAUUGGGUUGUUGACUCUUUUUUUAUUUUUUUGUCAUUAUGAUGGGGGAAUUGGUUUAUUUGUUGAAGAAGAUCUUGAUUUAAUUUGUUUCUCUUGGAAACUAAGAAAUAUAUUGUAUUUUUAAUUAGUAUGAAUAAUUUGGGAAUUCUAUCAA